AUGCAGGCCGUCUGGGGCACCGACACCCCGGAGAUUGACGAGACGGUGGCCCCCAAGCGGCAGCGGCUGUUUAUUGCGCGGCAGGCGUGCGAGAUUUGUCGGCAAAAGAAGACACGCUGCGAUGGCGGGCACCCGUGCGGGCUGUGUCGAACGGGCGGGCUCGAGUGCAAAUAUGCCGAGCGCAAGGCCACCAAGAAUGAGGUGUCGCUGGGCAUGAUCUUCAACACGCUGCAGCGGAUCGAGGCUAAGAUUGAAGAGGGCCGGCAGCGGGGCAGCAGCACCGAGGCCGACGACGACGAGAGAGCGGGACAGGAUGAGGGAGAGAGAGAUGGAGAGGGAAUUGACGACACCCAAGCAGCACACGAGCAACAGCGACGACGGAAACGCGGCCGCAAAAGAUCGAGCGUGGGACAGGCACCACGGCCGCAAGUGCAGGCUGCCCAUGUGGCCCUGCCGUCCCCGUCGACCCAGCCACCGGCCGUCAGCCUGGCCUCGCCGUCGGCCGGCAGCACGCAAAGCCGCGACGGCAUCCACGCCCUAUUGUCGGCGGCCAGUCCAUCGUCUUACCCCAAUCCCCAGCCUCCACCUCCCCGACGGCCACGGCACGUGCCCGUGAUCCAAUAUCCGAUCCGGCAGCUUGCCAACUGGCCGGCCAUACGGGAUCUGCUGCACAAAAGCGGCGUUGCGAGCGACAGCAACCGGAGCAGGAGACGCAGCAGCCACAACAAUGGCUUUUGGACGGCCGACAGCCACGACAGCACCUACGUGUACGACGCGGCGGCCGCCACCGUCCUCGAGCAGCGACGGCCACCCCUGCCCUUUCCUCCAUUGCUGCUGUCCAGCCACAGCCACAACAGCAGCGGCAGCGGCGACAACUGGCUGGCGCAGCUCAAUGUGGCCGUCGUCAAGGACCUGGGCGACAAGUACUUUACCACGUUCAACCUGGGCAACCCGGUCCUGGACCGACGGCUCUUCCACCAGCACAGCCUCGGCGUGGCCAUUGGCACGGGCUUUGGCGUCAACAUGGAGAGCUGCAUUGUGCUGGUGACGAUGGCCCUCGGCGUGCUGGGGCGCAAGGCACAGCGCGAAGCCGGUAUUGUCGACGCCCAUGGCAUGGCCGCCUCCCCGUACGAUCCGCCCCACGGUAACGGCACGACCGCCGCGGACGGGCCGGACGACGGCGACGCGUGGGACGACGGCCUCGUCUUCUUCAACGAGGCGCGCAAGCGCAUCGGGAUGCUGGGCUGCGACAGCAGUCUGCAGGCCUGCCAGUACCACCUGCUGUGCGGUCUCUUCUACGCGCAGCGGAUUCGGCCGCUCGACUGGUGGGCCCACGUGAGCCGCGCGGCCGCGUGCUGCACGAGCUUCUGGGCGUGUGCCCCCAAGGACUGCGACGAGUGGACGAUGGACAUGCAGGCGCGGCUGUUUUGGAUCACGGCCAUGUUCGAGGCCGUCCUCACCCAGGAGCUGGACGUGCCCGUCUCGAACCUGCUCAACUACGAAGACCGCGUGCCGCUGCCCAAGUUUGUCGCGUUCCCGGGCGUGUCCUCGUUUGCGUCGCUCGCGUCCGGGAUGGGGAUGGGGAUGGGGAUGGGCCCGCACGGUCUCGGUGGCGCAUCCAACGGCCAGCACGUGUCCCAGGAAGAGGAGCAGGACGCGUUCUGCCACUACCAUUUUCUCUCGCAGAUUGCGCACCGCAUCAUCCUGACCCGUCUGUGCGACAGCCUGUUUGCCAACCGCGGCAAGGCCCUGGCGUCGGGCCAGACCAUCGAGGCCGCCUCGCAGGCCACCACGAUGGCGCGGUCCGACUACCCGCCGCAGGCACUGGAGGACGAGCUCACGCACCAGCUCGAGCAGUGGCGCGCGCAGCUGCCCAACUACCUGCAGUGGGACGACGACGACAAGCACCGCUAUGCCGACCCGACCGCCCCGUUCGAGGGCCCGCGCACGCCCGCCAACGUCUUUGUCGUCCCCUGGCUGCAGGCCCGCUACUGCAUCGCCCGCUACCACCUGCGCCGCCCCCUGCUGCACCGCGCCCUCCACCACCCGGACUGGAUGUCGGCCGCCGACUUUGACAAGUGCCGCGACGCCCUCGCGUGUGCCGUGCGCUGGUGUUCCAUCAUCCAGCCGACCCUCAACGUGCCCGACUGCCUGUACCUCAAGUUCUUCAUCUGUACGCAGCUGUUCGGCAUGCUCCUCCUGCUGCACACGCUCGACCGGUCCGCCGUGCCGGCACUGCGCGCGCUCGUGCCGCCCACGUUUGCGACCUGGCGCCUCUUUGCCUUUGGCGUCCUCGAGCGCUACGCGCCCAUGAGCCCGUCGGUGGCGCGCGAGCUCGAGAUUGUGUCGGCGCUGCGAGACGACCACGCGCCGCCGGCGGCCAUCACCACCACGACAUCGGUCCUGGGCGACAGCAAUACCGAGGACGCAGAGGGCCCAUUGGCGACCGGACGCAACAUGGAUGCCGGCACGCUUUCACCACCAAAUGCCAACGUCGGGGGUACCGCAUCUGCACAUGGGCUGGCGGACGAGACAGACUACCAGCGCAACACACGGUCGUCACGGAGAGGGUCCUUGCAUGAACUGUAG